AUGGAGUCUCUACAACGUGAAUGCCUCACACAAACCAAGCGCAGCCAAUUGCAUGUUGACGCCGAACUUCACAAGGACCUGACCAUGCUCGACAUCCCUGACGUCCUUCAUGAGUAUUUCUGCCAAUCUGUCAAUCCCAACAAUGGAGAGCUGGUGCAUGAGGCUACCAAUGUGCGAUGGUCGUGCGCAGUAAUAGAUCUGAAUGACGGUGAUGUCAUGAUGCUGCAAGAAAUGUUUGAGCAUAGGCUGCGUUAUCGUCUGGUUUUCAAAGACGUUGUAGUAGACUCUACCUGGUUUUCUUCCACAAGGGAGUACCUCACAUGCAUUAUGCAUAACUUGGAAGCAUACCGAUUCGCGGAGAGAGUUGCCCAGGUUCUCCACAAGGACAUUAUGCCUUCAAACCUCUGGAUUGUCAUCGACAACGCCUCUGCAGAGGCUGCCGUCCCUGGGUGGGUUGGCAAUGAUCCCCCUCUCCCAAGGCAAGCGCAGUUAGGCAAUUUCGGGCUUGGAUUCAAGCCCUCAGACAGUUGCAAGUUUGCCAAGCUACUCACUGAAAAACCGGCGAAGACGUGUAGGAUAGAGACUGGCGAUGGUGGUGGCACAGGUGGGUUGAUGCGUGCUGGCAACGCCACCAUCAAGAAGGAGCGCGCUGCCAAGCUCAAGGAUAAGCCAUCGCAAGCGAUGGAUCGCUCAGGAUCGCCCUUGUACAUGAGCAACGAGACACUCGCGGACCCAUUCGGCCAGUUCAUCGUGCACACCUCAAAGCACGACUUGGAGGGGUUCUGGUGGUCAAUGUUGUGGGUGACCAUCAACUGUGAAGGUCCCUACAACUGCCUCGCCUCGCUGGGCAACUGGAGGUUUUACCAAUGUCUCAUUCACCCCUUCUGGCAUGACCCUGCAAUUCCUCAUGGGCUGGAAGAGAUGUUUCACAUAUUCAUGCCUGCCAAUCUCAUCCGUGAGAGUUAUGAGACCCUUGACGCUGAACGUGAUUUUGUUCCCUAUGUUCCAUUGGACGACUCAGCUGUGGGCGCGACUCAUGAAAUGAUGAUCAAUAUCAUCAAGCAUAUGCUCAAGGACAUGAAAGAUGAAGCUCCACCAUCUCCCAAGGUUAUUGAAGACGCACGUGAGCGUUACCAGGCAAGGUUGCGUCAUGAUUUUACCAAUGAUGAUGCGGAGGAAAUUCGUACUCGCCAAGAGCGUAGUGCCUCUCGUGAAUCCUGCCAAUCUCAAAAUAACAGGCGCCCUGGCCUCAUGAUUCCCCCAGGCGUUCCAGGUAGUCAAUCCUCUCCUCCCCCUACUUUCGGCAUCUUUCAUUCAUCUGGGUCCCCCGACUCCCCUCACUUUCUUGCGGAGGACUUGGCCAGUCUUCCUCGUGCAUCUGCUGCCUCUCGGGCAAUGAAGUCCUUUAACAUGUCCUCCACGCCUUUGGCUCAGGUCACUGGGAAAAGGCCAUACCUUGGGACCUACACACCAAAGCCAGGCAGGUCGUCUGCAGUGUCUGCGCCAUCUCCUGCUGUUGACUCAGUGGAUAGAGUGAGGCUCAGGACAGAUACAACAAUGUCUUUACCGUCUUCAUCUACAUCUACAUCUACAUCAUCUAGGGUUCCUACGCAGCCUUCAGAUACCCAACGCCUUCAAUACCACAUCAGUCAGACUAUCCUUGGGCCUGAUUUUUUCCACGGCCUACCCUCUUUAAUCUCCAUGGCUCCGCUUCCACCGGUCUUGUCCAUACCACUCUUCCCGCCAUACAUGAGGAUGAAGAUGGUGAUGAAAACAAUAGGUCCAGGAAGAAACCGCGCUGGCAAGGUCUUUGAUAUCCAUAUGUUUUUGCAACACAACAAUUUGUUGUUCCUAGGAAUCUUCCAUAUCCUUGUCCAGCUUCCUGUGGUAAAUGCUUUCAGACUGAACAAGGUUGCAAUCAUCAUAUCAGUACUGCCAGAUCCUGCGCUUGAGGAUGAGCUGGAGCCUGAAGAUGUGCUAGGGGACUUAUACCAGGAGAUGUUUGACCUGGUCCCUGCUCAACUAGAUGAUAAUUAUUAUUAUGAUGAUGGUGAUGUUAAUACAGAGCCAAUUGCUGGCCCAGGACCAUCCUCCAGACAUGGACUAUUGGAAGAUGAAGAUGAUAACAGAGUAGAAGUUGUUCAUUUGACAGCUGGAAAGGUCAUUAGAAUGGAUUCUACACUUCAUGAAAGAUGGCAAAAGCAAUUUGGAGUGCAGAAGAAGAAUGAAGAGGAAGAACAGGCUAUUCCAGGGGUGCAAGAAAGAUUAGGUCUAUCUUAUCACAACACUAGAGCACUGCACAAGUCUCUGGACGUCAUCCCUCCCAGGGCUGAGUGGCAUUCUAAGAAGUUAGCCUUUGAAGAUCGCCCAAAUGACGAAUAUAAUAAAUAUUAUCGGAAUCCCAUUGAUGCUAUACAAUCACUACUUGGAAACCCUGUCCAUGCCAAAGACAUUGUAUAUCGCCCCAAAAAAAUCUUCAGGGAUCAUACAAAAUCAGUGAGAAUAUAUAAUGAAAUGUGGUCAGGAAAAUGGUGGCAUGCUAUUCAGAAUCGUCUACCAGUAGGGGCUGCUCUAGCUCCUGUGAUAAUUGCUACGGACAAAACACAGCUCACUCAGUUCUCCUCAUCAAAAUCAGCAUAUCCUAUCUAUUUGACGUUGGGAAAUAUUCCUAGAGCAAUACGUAGGAAGCCAUCUCAGCAAGCCUGCUUUCUACUAGGCUACUUAUCAGUGGACAAGAUUCUCAAGGACGAUCUAUCCAGUCGUGAAGUGUCUUCAAGAGCACAGAGACUUUUUCAUGAUUCCUUGCGAAUUAUCCUGGAACCCCUAAAAUUAGCAGGUGCUGAAGGAGUGGAGAUUACAGGUGGAGAUGGAUGUGUACGCCUCAUCUUUCCUGUCCUUGCCUGCUAUGUUGCAGACUACCCUGAACAAUGUCUGGUGACUUGUUCAAAGUACGGUACCUGUCCAAAAUGUCAAGCUAGAACUGAUGAGCUAGCAGAGCUCAGUCAGUCCACUGUACAGACACAGACAUGGACUAUGGGCAUUAUUGAGGAGGCGAAAUCAUCUACAAAUACUAGCUCUGCAUUCAAGACUAAUGCAUGGAAGCUGGGGUCGGAGGAGGAGUCUUUCUACCCUUCUGGCAUGGUUUCCCUCACUGCGAUAUUCAUCAUUCUAUAA